AUGGCCGAAAAUACGGAGCGCCGUUCUGGUCAUAAUAAUGUUUCAGAAUCUAUGGAACACAAUGUCAGCAACAAUAAACAAAUUCCAUCUUGCACUGUAACACAGGCAGAUGUAUACAAUAAAGGUAACAAACCUGUAAAACAGUUUGUGUCUGUUCCAGAUUAUGAUCAAAACAGUGUAGAUUAUAAUGUAUAUGACGGGCAAAAUGAGUUUGAUUUUGAUCUGAGUUAUUUAGACAACCCAGAGCCCUCACCUUCAAUCCCAGGUAUUAAUCCAAAUGAUGCCUUCAAAGAUGUUUUUGAUAGUAAAGCUUUGCAAAUUACCAUAGAUAAUGAUCUGAAAGAGGACAAUGAUUUGUGGGAUAUCCCCCAAUUAAAUUCAACAGAAAAAACAGGUCCUAAAGUUAACGAUGGAUUGGCUAAAGCUGUAAAUGCAGCAAUAUCUGUUAGGUCUGACAAAGAAGCUAUGACUGAGUUGCAAAAACAAUAUGCACGUCCAGAGAAUUGUAAUCUCAAAGUCCCAUGUGUAAAUAAAGAAAUCUGGGAUGUUAUGGGGAAAAAUGCCCAUGCAGUUGAUUUAAACUUACAAAUAAUCCAGAAAUCUAUUGCAACAGGGUUAAUUCCCCUUGUUCAGAUGGCAGAAUCUCUGAUUAGUAAACAAGAUACGGAAUCAGUUAAAAACAAAAAGAUGCUUGGUGAUGCCAUUAGCAUGCUAGGAAACAGUUUUUACAAUUUAUCUAUGAAACGCAGAAAUGAAAUCAAAUCAUGUCUGACCCCUAGAUACAAGAAAAUUGUUUCCGCUGAAAUUCCACUAACUGAUCAACUUUUUGGGGACAAUUGUAUGUCAAAACUGAAAGAAAUGGGGGACAUAAAUAAACACCCUAUUGGUAUUAAAUCCCCAUUCUGGGAUUCAAAACCCAAAAAUAACUUGCCAUUUACAAAAAACUACAGCAAUCAAAAUUAUGCCAGUCAAAUACAAAGGUACAACAAUGCAUACCGCGGCAGAGGCAGGUCAAGAUUCAUGACCAUGAACAGUACCCAGAGAGGUCGAAGUCAGAAACAGUACAUGAAUACGACAAAGAAGUACUACAAGUAA